AUUGUAACAGUUGUUAAUUAGCAAACACGUGUGAUUACGUUCGUCAUGGACUUCCUCAAAACAGACACUCUACUCCUCGGAGGCGCCUUUCUUUGCCUUGCAUUCCUUACGCAAUACGUCUACGUCGGCAUCACAAAUCCGCUUUCGCAUAUUCCGGGUCCAUGGUACACCCGGUUCACCACGAUGCCCUCAGUAUAUAAAACCAUCAUGGCGAGCCAUCCUGUCUGGAUCCACGACCUGCAUGCGAAAUACGGCCCAGUGGUACGAUACAGUCCAUACGAGGUCGACGUCUCUGACCCGCCUGGAUGCCAACGCAUCGCGCCAAGACCGUCGCCCUGGUACUCCCAACUCGUUACAGACUCCUCAAGCGUCUUCAACGAGAUCAAUCCAGAUAUCCACCGCAAGUAUAGACGACUUUUGUCUAAUCCCAUGUCUGAGACUGGCCUCAAGGCAUUCUUGUCCCGGAUUGACAGCAAAGUGCGACUUGCCAUCUCGCGCAUCGACGAAGAGAAUAAAGUUCGUGGGGCAGCCGACGUUGCCAAGUGGUUCAUGUUUCUCUCGUUUGACGUUAUUGGUGAUCUUACCUUUGGUGAGUCAUUUGGGAAUCUAGAGAGAGGUGAGAAAAACCAAUCUGUCAACGAUUUUGUUCGCCUAGGCUUUGUUUCUAGCCUCCGCACUACGUUCCCAAUCAUUGCCUUCCUGUCGCUCUAUCUCCCCAUCCCGGUCUUUAAGGAGGCCACAACCAUUCAGUAUCGGACUUUCGAUUACACCCAAGCCGCACUGGACCGCCACGCCAAACGGAUUGAGGAGACUGGCUCGGAUUCACGCCCAACCGUCUUCCGAAAGGUAUACAAUGCAGGGCAAGAAGACACGUGGACGCCGAUUGAGAUCCGCGACAACGCUCAGGUCUUUAUUGUGGGCGGCAGCGACACUACCGCUAACUCUAUGAUUUACCUUGUCUGGGCUGUUUGCAAGCACCCCAAAAUCAAAGCUAAGCUCCUGGAGGAGCUAGACGGUCUCCCAGACAAUUAUACCUACGACGAUCUGAGGGAGCUGAAGUACCUAAAUUGCGUUGUCGACGAAACACUGCGGCUUUAUACCGCUCUACCAUGCGGCCUCCCGCGGAUAGUCCCUGCUAGUGGUGCCGAGUUUUCUGGAACGUUUGUCCCUAGUGGCUUCACAGUCACAACACAAGCCUACAGUCUCCAUCGGGAUGAGAAUGCUUUCCCUGACCCGUACCGCUUCUAUCCGGAGAGGUGGGAGAACACCACGCAGUUGAUCAAGGACUGCACCAUGCCAUUUGGAGGAGGUUCUAGAACCUGCCUGGGUCGACACUUGGGGCGAAUCGAGCUCCACCUAAUCACUGCGAGGUUCUUCAGGACUUUUCCCAAGGCCACAAUAUCUGAUAUAGAGGGAAUGUCUGACAAGGAUAUGAAGCCUGCCCUAUACUUCCUUAUGGUCCCUAGUGGGCAUCGUUGCUUGAUUAACUUGGAUGGGUAAUAAAGCUCUUGCAUAUUACAAGGAUAAACGGCCUGUUCUGCUGGCAGACCCUGACGGGAAGCAUGGCAUAGCGAGAGGCGGCAGGUGUUUCAAGACCGUAUUGACGAAAUGCAGCUGAGGAGGCCGGCGGCAUUCUAUUAGUGUGGAUG